CACUCUAAAUGCGUUCUCAAUAUCGAAACAUCAGGCUGUUUUGCAAGACCAUGUUGAUAUCAUGGUAGUUUAUUAUGGUACUGAUGGAGUAACGUGGUAUUGCUCUCUGAUGCUAAUAUUAUAACCUUUGUUUAUGCAGACCACAAUGGCAAGCCAGAGACCCGUGAGCCGUGGAUCGUUUGGACCGGGUUCUGGACGACCGCCUACAGCCCUCCGACCCCCGCAGACAGCCGUCAGAGUCAGCACCGCGAUGGUCCCAGGCUCCGCUCGUCCAGGCAGCAGAGCUGGACCCGUGGCUUCUCCUGGUGUUUUAUCGGCUCAGAUUAAAGUGGCUGAUCGGCCGGUGACUCAGCAGGGUCUCAGUGGAAUGAAGACGGGCAUAAAGGGACCACAGAGGCAAAUUCUGGAUAAGUCAUAUUACCUUGGGUUAUUACGGAGUAAAAUAAAUGAGCUGACGAUGGAGUCCAGCAAACUACAGAAGGACAUCGACACCUUCAGUCAGGAGAAUUCAGUGUAUCUCUCUUAUGAAAAAAGAGCAGAAGUCCUAGCUGGAGAAAUCAAAGAUCUUCAAGGGCAACUGGCAGAUUACAACAUGCUGGUUGACAAGCUGAACACAAACACUGAGAUGGAUGAAGUGAUGAAUGACAUAAUCAUGCUGAAAGCACAGAAUGACAGAGAAGCUCAGAGUAUGGACGUGAUAUUCACCGAGAGACGAGAGAAAGAGGAUAUGAUCAGAGCUGUGGAGGAUGAUAUAGUCCAAGAGAAGCAGGCUGCCCAAAACAUCAUUCAGAAGAUGUCUGCUGAUAAACAGGCCAAUUACACUGAGAUGAAAGCCACCAAUGAAGAGCUAAUGCAGGUUUGUCUCAUUCCACCCAAUAAUCCCACGCUAAGAACUGGUGUGCUAACUGUUUCAGCAGAAUGCAAGUAACAACACUGUGAUCUGGUUCACUCUCAGGCCAAACAGGAAGCAGUCGUGCUGCACGAGAAACUACUGGAGCUGGAGAACCGUAGAGACGCCAUGCUGGCGGAAGACAGGACCGUGGGCUCUCCACAAGAGGAGCGAGAAAGCCUCUUUAAACAGGUGAAAGAAAACAACCAGGAAAUAGCCAGCAUGGAACGACAGCUGUCCGAGAUACGUGAGAAAAUUAGCCAUCUGACGGAAGAGAUGCGACAACUAGACGCUGACAUGGAGGAACAUCAAGGGGAACGAACCCAAAAGUACAAGGAGCUGCAGAAGAGAGAAGAGGAAAUCGACUCAUAUCUGAACACGUUUGAGGAGAAUACAUCUCAGGAGCAGCAGCUGAUCAGAGACGCACAGAGCAGCAUCGUGGUGUUACUGGAGCACUCCAGCAGGAACAUCAAUCGUCUGCAGCAGCUGUCAGCAGUCACCGCUCAAGAGCUCCGGUCCAUGCAGGAGGAUCUGAGCUUCAAAGAGACGGAGAUGCAGAAGUCUCAAAGCACAGCGAAAGGCCUUUCCUCAGAAAGUGAGCGUCUACAGCAGGAUCUGCUGAAGGUGGAGCAGCUGGAAAGCAAAGUGAGCGCAGAGCUGCAAACUCUGAGAGAUCAGCUCAAGCUCAUGACGCAAGAGAUCCACACAUACAGAGAUCUGGACGCUCUCAAAGCUGCCGGAGAGGACCGCAAGAAGAGACUGCAGGAGGAUCGAGUAACACUCUCUCAGAGGAAGGACACAGUCAAGAUGAGGAUACACAACAUGAACGAGGAGUACGAGUCUCUUAAGAACCAGUUACAAGAGAACGAGACCCAUGUGGAGCUGACCAAUAUGGAGAGGAAGUGGCAACAUCUUGAGCAGAACAACUUUGUGAUGAAAGAAUUCAUCGCCUCCAAAGGUGUAGAGAGCGAUUACCGCCCAGUGAUGAAGAACGUCAACAAACAACGGCUAGAGUACAAUAAGAUACUGGUUGAUACCCUGCAGAGAAACUGAGGAGGGGGAGCACUUCCUGUCUGCAGCAGUUUACAAACCCACUUCCUGUUCAAGAUGAGAUCACACUGUGAUUCUAGAAUAUGAUCCACAUUUCAUAAUCUCAGGUGUAUCACAGUCUUGUGUUAUCGGUGAGAUUCGAGUCAUGUCACAGUCUGUAGAGCUAAAUAAUUACAUUGGUGUGUAAUUCAUGUGAUUUGUUUUCCACAGUAAAAGACUUGAUUUUAUUCCACGUGUUGUUACUGUGAGUGAAGCAUCACUGUAGCGUCUAUUUACAGUGAAAACUGUCAUGUUACCCGAGUUAAAGCCGAACUGUGAAUGCAGGAAACUUAGAUUAAUAGCAGGAAGAUGGAAAUAUAUUCUGUUGAUGGAUUUCUGUAGAUGUCAAUGGAAAAUCCCAGCUAAAAUAAG